AUGCGCUGCGUACGACGCCUGACGACGGCCGCGCCCACCAUUUAUGCGUUGGCGAGUGGGCGGCCGCCGUGUGGUGUAGCGAUUGUGCGCGUGUCUGGUGCCCACGCGCCGUCUGUGUACGAACACAUGUGCGCUUCGGAUAAGGAGGCACGGCCGUUCCGCAUGAUGCGCCGAGCGAUUGUGCAUCCACGUACGCGUGAAAAGCUGGACGAUGCGCUGGUGACCUUCUUUCCGCACGGAAGAUCCUUCACGGGGCAAGCGACGUUAGAGCUGCAUUUGCACGGAAGUGCUGCUGUCGUGCGAGAUGUGCUCGAGGCGUUGAGCGACAUGCAGCGUGUGCUUGAGACGCGCGAUAUCCGGCCAGCUCUGCCCGGCGAAUUCACACGCCGCGCCUUUGAGCAUGGACGCAUGGACUUGACGGCGUGCGAGGCGCUCGACUCGCUACUACACGCCGAAACCACGCAGCAGCGGCGGUUCGCGCAACGAGCGGCCAGUGGAUACCAAGCACGUAUGUACGACCAAUUACAUAUGCAGCUGCUCGAUGCCUGCGCACAUACGGAAGCCAUGCUGGAUUUUGACGACGAGGACCAAAUUGAUACGCAGCUGUGGCAUCGUGUGCGCGACACGGUGCAGCGCAUGCGAACCUACCUCGCGAGCGAGCUGCAGCUCGACACGCCCACGCACCAACGCACCUAUGCGGACGCCGUCAUGCAUGGUCUGCGCAUUGCCCUGUAUGGUCGGCCUAACGCCGGCAAAUCGUCCCUCCUGAAUCGCCUCGUCCGUCGUGAUGCAGCCAUUGUCACACCCUACGCUGGUACGACGCGCGAUAUCAUCGAAGUGAGUAUGGAAUUAGCUGGCUACCGCGUUUCGCUCGCAGAUACGGCCGGUCUUCGUAAAGCGCAUGACGUGAUCGAAAAGAUGGGCAUGGAGCGCACACAGACAUACGUACAAGAGGCGGAUCUGCGUGUCUUGGUAUGCACACCAGACGACCUGGGCGGCUGCGUGCCGGCGGCGGGCCACAGGCGCCUUCCAAAGGACAUGCUCGAGCGCUGGGGAGCGCACAUGGACGAGCCCGUCUUGGUGCUGGUGAACAAGAUGGAUACGUAUACCCCCUCGCCCACUGACAUGGACGCGGAGGACGGCGUGCCCUGCGUCAUUUGGCACACGAGCGUACGGCACAAUGUGGGUAUCGAUACGCUCCUGCAUGACCUCGCAUCGCAGGUGUCCCGUCUUUACGAGAAAGACGAGGGGAGUGUGCCUCUUGUAACGCAGGCGCGGCAUCGACAUCUCUUGCUGGAGGUAGUCGCGAGCCUCGAUGCCAUGCUGCGAUACGACGAGCUCGACGACGCACCUGACCUCGUCAUGAUGGCGGAGGAGCUCCGACGCGCUGCCAGUGCCCUGGCACAAGUCACGGGGCGCGCCAUUACCUCAGACACGGUGCUCGGGGAGAUUUUUGCCCGCUUUUGCAUAGGAAAAUAA